UUUACUCUGAAUAACAUGGAUGUAACCUCGGAGACUGGUGUCAAGUACUGCACGAUGGUCCUUGAGAUGACAAAUUCGUUGACAGUCGAACACAGCAUGUACGCUUCUAAAGGCAAGGGCAGCACGAACACAGUACCUUCAGAAGCCGAAGCUAGUGAAAAAUUGGCGUUGUAUGUGUACGAAUACCUCCGCCAUGUGGGAGCACCAAAAGCCGCACAGACUUUCUUGAGCGAGAUACGAUGGGAGAAGAACAUAACUCUUGGGGAAGCUCCUGGCUUUUUGCAUGCAUGGUGGAGUGUGUUUUGGGAUCUUUAUUGUGCUGCACCUGAGCGAAGAGAAAGCUGUGACCAUUCAUCUGAGGCCAAAGCAUUCCACGACCUGAAUUCAGGAACGCUACCAUCGCCAAGCUAUGCGCCGGGCCCACCAAAUGACAUGCCGAUGGGUGGAAUGCAGCCGGGAUUUUACCAGCCACCACCGAACACCCGACACCCAAGUUUAUCCCAGUCGCAGACCCCUCCGCACCCACAACCGUCGCCCCUGCCGCAGACACCGGCACAAGCAAUGAUGCACAGUCAGUACAUGCAAGCUCGUUACGGUGGCCCACGUCCGCCAGGUCUUCGAAUGCCAGGCCAGCCCGUGUCAUCAGGAGUUCCUGGGCAAAACAUGAUGCAAAACUCGAUGGAUCCAUCACGUCAGCAGCAAGCACACAGCCCCUACCAAUCACAAUCGAUGAUGAACCCGAUGCAGAGAAUGAACCAUUCCCGGAUACCCGUCCCACCCAACUAUAGCCCUAUGCGACCGAUGCCAAACUCGACAAUGGGUCCAACUGGAAUGCCAAUGGGACCACGUGGCCCAUGGAGUGCAGCAACAACGCCGACAUCAAUGACGCCAGGUCCCCCAGGGACGCCAAUUUUGCCGAGUCCUCAAGAUCCAACGACCCCGUACGGGAUCGUUGGCACGGAUGCUCAAGGAGACUCAAUGAAUGAUGGUAGCGAAUCCAUAGAUGGUAUGCCUGAGGACACAAACGAAUCAGUGGCGAUUCAGCGAAUCAAAGAAUCCAUGAAGGAAGAAGUAAAGAAAUUCGAAUUUGACAAUCAUGUGGGUUCAGGGGAGUAUUUUUGACAGGAAAUCAGGAGAAGGUUUUGAAUCAUAAACUCAACAUGCAUGAAAGGAGUUAACAUACCUGCAGUCGUAUUAUCAAUGGACUACAGUGUUAAAGCAACUAUCAUGGAGCAAUUUAAAAAAUGCUUCGACAGAGGUAACACCGCCAUAGGGACUGGCGUGGGAUUACUUUGUUGGGAUUAACGACGGUUACCAAACCGAGGUAGCCUCAUAAUGAACAAAAUGAUGUUAUUGCUACGUACAGAAAGUCCGUUAGCAUUAAACGCUUUAGGCAUGCUCUUGGGGCCUCCGCUGUUGUGUUAAUCGACUGCUCAUGAACAGAUUUGAUGUAACGAUGUCAAUGUAUCGCUGAAUGUUGACUGACAUUAUGCGGUGUAAUAUACCAAGGGUCAUGGUAGUGUUUGCUGCCACAGAUUUAUAUAUGUCAUGCUUUGGACACUAUCCUGAUGUCCAACGUUUACCUAUAUUUAAAUUAUGCCUUUGUUUCUUUAUCCGAAUUGCAUGCUUAACUUACUUACAUAGUUUCUAAGGAAAGUGAAGCGCUACCAACCAGGUGCUCUAGCCUAAGAAGAUAAGACUGACGUUAAGCUUGUUUAAUGCAGCUUCUCAAUUGAACUCAAUUUGAGCUUAGUCUUCGCUCUAUCGAUCGCGCUGUAAUUGCGUUGCCUGUGGGUUCAGCAGCUUAGUUAUUGAAGAUCGAGAAGGGUAGGCUGGGUUACCAAAUUGCAUAAUCAAUAUCUGACAACAUAGAUUCGAGUUUCCUGCGGCUUAUCCUUCGAGCUAAACAAGAUCACAGUAGAAUUUUAUUUUUCAAAUAAUUUCUAAAAUCCUUGCCUUUUUGUUAAUAUCCUUGUUAACAAUGUUACGCCCACCCAUGAUGCAUUUAGGGCAUAACCACUGUAGUUUAGCGUCAAAGCAGCAAAGCUUCUCUUGUAGUGAACUUAACAAGGGUUUACCUACGGUUGCCCCUCCAAACCACGGUUGAUCUGUACGCAUUGAUUCUAAUAAGUUUUAAUUGCGUCCUCUGUGGUUAUCAUUACAACUUUUAUCACAUAAUAUUUUUAUUACUUUAGUUAAGUUUAUGCGGAUAUAUUUUAUCGAAGAUAAUCGUGGGCUUCUAGGCUGCUGUUUAAAUAGACCAUUUAGUACUUCAUCUGAAUGUUAAAUGGCUCAAAGUUUAAUAGACAAAUUCUGUUCACUCAUUUGUGUCAUAUCCCAAGAUAAUUUCUCAAUAUGGACAACAUGCUGCUUUCGAUUUUAGGCAACCUUUUCAAGGAAAACAACCAUCCUGGCUGAUUGUCUUCUCUUGAUGUCAGCCUACUGAAUAAAUCUUAAACCUUCUUACAGUAUUACUCAAUGUUGAGUUUUGUAACGUAUUAAAAAAUGUUGCAAAUACAAAAGCAGGAUGAAUUACAAAAGGUUGAAUUCCAUGACGUCACGUUAAAUAUGACGCCAGGGGAGGAAAAAUAAAUACAAACGUUUUGUCUCAACAGCCUGCACAUUUCAGGUGGUUUGUUCUCCAUAAAGGUUCUGAAAACGUUUGAGUCAUUUGAGAAAAGAAGCGGGUCUUGUUGAAUUGAAUAUGUUAAUCAUGUUUCGGUUUGGAAACAUUAGCUGACGUACAGCAUUAUGAAAUACGAACAAAAUAUGUUAGAUAAUACUUGUGAAAUUGUUAGAGAAGUAGUAAAUCGCUUGUUUCUUCCUUAAUUUUGUUUGAUAUUUAAAAGGGAGGAAAGGAAAUCAUUGUUAAUGUAGAACUUUAUCAUUAGUAGCAAACUUGGUAUAUGAUUAUGAUUAGUGAAAUUGUAUCUAAAAAUUAGUAGUGUAAGGGCAAUGUAUAUGGAAUUUUUAUCAACAGGACCCAAACGUGA